UCGUAGACCAGGUCACAUAUUCAAUUCAUGUAUUAGAAAAUAUAUUUUAAGUAACUCUGAUAUAAAAAAUUGCAUAUCAAUAUGUAUUUUCCAAGUGUUUCAGCAAUAAUAAUUUUAAUCUUAACGGAUAUAUCUCGCGGAUUGGCAGAAAAUAUAUGCCAAAAAUAUUUGCGAGAGUUAGCCCAAAAACAGAGUGAAUUCGUGCAGUGUUCCACACUACAUUCGGUGCCAGUCAGCCUUUGUGUGGGAUGUGAGGAGCCAUUUACUGAGAUGCAUGUGGCUUACAUGACCUUACGUCAGGAGCAGAAUUGUACAGAUAAAUUUUUUGAUAAAGAUCGUAUAAAUAUAGUUUCAACAACACAAUCGAUACUCGUGGGUAUUUGGAGGAAAGCGUAUUGUGAUGAUUGCUUUACCAGUAAUAAUUCAUACGUAUUCGAUUUAAAGCGAACUGCUUUUGAUGAUUGUAUAACAAACAAUAAAAAUAGAGAAUGUGCGUCGUGCUUAUCCCAAUACCUAGACUUGAACGGAUUUUAUCUUGGUUUGGAUAAAAAUAACAAAGGACAAGUUUGUUAUGACAUGCAAGACUCGAUGAAUCGGACAAGAGAAGAAUGGUCUAAAGAUCUGGGUUGCUGUCAUCGUGAAUUUAAUAUUUUAUUAUUUGCUGUUGUUAGCUGUAUCGUUGGGACGUUACCAUUAAUAUUUUAUGGUACGAUGUAUGCGAUAACAAAACGACUGGAGCGUAAUCACAUUCUAAUUGAAGACACUUAUCAAAAUGGAAUUUCAACUUCUAACAAUGCAAGCAGUUCAAUUCCUAAUUUACUGAACACGACAACAGAAGCUACACGCCCUCAUGUACCUCUUUAAAAGGAAAGCAUCCGCUAGUAACAAUUCAAAGCAGGCUAUUUGUACAAUUUCGAAAUAUCAUAUUUUAAACUACUAACUAAAAUUUGUAAUUAUUAUUUCUAAUAUUUAAGACACUAUAAUAAGUAUGUAUAUAAUAUUAUAGCAAAU